CCUCCAGCGCCAGGUAAAGGAGGCGGUGGUGGACCUCCUCCCCCUCCACCACCGCCUCCUUUACCUGGCGCUGGAGGUAUGCCCCCUCCACCACCACCUCCUCUGCCUGGUGCUGUGUCUGGACACUUCUUGGCCCGACAACCCGCUUUCGGGGCUGCACCAAGCAUUGGCCUGCCCGUGGUUCGUCCCAAGAAGAAGCUUAAGGCCCUGCAUUGGGAGAAGGUCGAUGCCCCUGAGACCAGUCACUGGGCAGCCCACACACCUUCUGCCGAAGCCCGAGAGGAGAAGUAUCAGGAGCUCAGCAAGAAGGGCAUUCUCGACGAGGUCGAGAAACUGUUCAUGGCUAAGGAGAUCAAGAAGAUUGGUAUAGGAAGCUCUUCUAAGAAGGAUGACAAGAAGCAAAUCAUCUCUUCUGAUCUCCGCAAGGCGUAUGAAAUUGCGUUUGCCAAGUUUUCACAGUACUCUGUCGAAAAGAUUGUUCAAAUGAUCAUUCACUGCGAUCCAGAGAUUCUAGACAACACUGUAGUGAUGGACUUUUUGCAGAAGGAUGACCUCUGUAACAUCCCCGACAACACAGUCAAGCAAAUGGCGCCGUACAGCAAGGACUGGACUGGACCAGAUGCCAAAUCUCAAGACCGUGAACUUGAUCCGUCGGAGCUCACUCGACAAGAUCAGCUUUACCUCUACACGGCUUUUGAGUUACACCACUACUGGAAGAGUCGAAUGAGGGCCCUUGCUCUUACUAGAAGCUUUGAACAAGAGUACGAAGAGAUCAACGAGAAGAUCCGACAGGUUGUGACAGUAUCGGAGUCGCUACGUGAUUCCGUUUCAUUGAUGAACGUACUUGGCCUUAUUUUGGAUAUUGGUAAUUACAUGAACGAUGCGAACAAGCAAGCACGUGGUUUCAAGCUCAGCUCUCUUGCAAGAUUGGGUAUGGUCAAGGACGACAAGAACGAGUCAACAUUGGCCGAUCUCGUGGAGCGUAUUGUACGGAAUCAGUACCCUGAGUGGGAGACAUUUGCGGAUGAUAUCAACGGAGUCAUGACGGCACAGAAGAUCAACAUUGAGCAACUUCAGGCGGAUGCGAAGAAAUACAUCGACAAUAUUCGAAACAUUCAAAUGUCGCUGGAUUCUGGUAACCUAAGCGACCCCAAGCAGUUCCAUCCCCAGGACCGCGUGAGUCAAAUCGUCCAACGUAUUAUGAAGGAAGCCAGAAGAAAAUCCGAACAGAUGGAGCUGUACUUGGAAGAGAUGAUGAAGACAUACAAAGAUAUCAUGGUGUUUUACGGCGAGGACCCCGCGGAUGAUGGGGCCCGUCGAGAUUUCUUUGCCAAGUUGGCAUUGUUCGUGGGAGAGUGGAAGAAGUCUCGUGACAAGAACGUGCAGGUGGAAGAGACAAGGAAGCGUAACGAGGCGUCAAUGAAACGGAAGCACACAGCACAACUCAAACUUACCAACGCCAACGCCGACGCGGGACCUACGUCUCCAUCCAAUACCGGCGCCAUGGACUCUCUCCUGGAGAAGCUACGUGCAGCUGCGCCGCAGGCUCGGGACCAGAGAGACCGAAGAAGGCGUGCGCGACUCAAGGAUCGUCACCAGGUCCGCGUCGCGUCAGGACAGAAGAUUCCCGACCUCGACGAAAUCCCAGAAGUGGAAGCUGGCCUCAAGAACAAGGAGGAACCCACCGAAGACGAAAGCAAGGUGCUCAGUCCCGGCCUCUCAUCGCCUCGUGAAGGUGAAGACGACGUUGCCGAUAGAGCAGCAGCUCUUUUACAGGGCAUGCGCGGUGGUGAUGGCGCAGAUGACAACGAUCCUGAGAGGAGAGAAACCCUUCGAAAAGCCAGACGGCAAACAGCAGAGGAAGAGAGAAGGCUACGAAGACGGCGAAGAGAAAGGGCGACUACGAACCAGUCAGAAGAGAACCCCGACGAACAAAAGGAGGAACCCAGGGAAGAGCCAAAGGGAGAAGAAGGAGAGGCAGCCAAAGAGCCGCCGAAGGAAGAAGAAGCGCCUAUAGAAGAUGAUGUUCCAACACCUAGAGCAGCGACUACCAGCGACGGUGCCCCAGAAGAAGAACAAGGGGAAACGGCACAGGCAUAG